GGAAUAAAGUACAGCGCCACUGUAAAGUGCUCUUUUCCCGUCAUUACUAGCUAACUCCGCCUACUCAUGUCCAGAGGAGCGUCCCGGCGUUAAUAUCGAGCACUACCUGUGAAAAGCAGACUCGUAUUUACUUCGUGUAGCCCUACGAUCAUUUGACAGGAUAUGACAGACGAGGCGCUGUUUGAAUUUCUCCACAUGGAGAUCGUCUCCCAUGUUUACAAGGAGCAGCAAGCCAGCAAAGGAGAGAUGGACAACAAGGACAGAGCGGCCUGUGUUUCUGUCCUCGAAGGCAUGGGCUUCCGGGUGGGACAAGGACUCAUCGAGAGGCUGACCAGGGACUCUCCCAGCUUCAAGGAUGAGUUGGAUAUCAUGAAGUUCAUCUGUAAAGACUACUGGACCAAGGUGUUCAGGAGGCAGGUUGACAACCUCAGAACAAACCAUCAGGGCACCUAUGUUCUACAGGACAACAAGUUUUCUCUUCUGACUCAGCUCUCCGGUGGAAAACAGUACCUGGAUCAGGCUCCCAAGUACCUCGCUUUUUCAUGUGGCAUGGUGAGAGGAGCUCUAUCUAACCUCGGUCUGGACAGUGUGGUGACAGCCGAGGUCUCUGUCAUGCCAUCCUGUAAGUUCCAGGUGGUGAUCCAGAAGUUGUGACCUGAUCCUCUCUGCUACUGUGGUGCAGAUGAACAGGCCCCUGUGGGGUUCUGUUAAUCUCAAAGAGGGCAUAGCUGUUCCCGUCCUCCCACCGAACAAUCCAACCACAGAGGGAAUCAAACACCACCCUGGUUUCCACAGCUGGGACAAAGAGGACGAGAAUGACCUGGUACCCUUCUGACAAGGCAAACAGCGUUAUCGACCAGAGCUUACCUUUUACUCGUGGUAGUCUGAUAAAGAACGAGAUUUGUUUUAUUCCUUUUGCUUCUUGAUUUUGAUAAAUGAUAAUUUCCCAUUUGAACUAAAAUCUGUAUGUUUUGUGUCCUCAGCUUUAGUUUAAACUAAAUAAGUGAAGUCUGGGCCUGAAUUAACCAUACUUGCCUGAGCUUCGGAAAAAAAUAUAUAAAUUGAAACCAUACUUGCCUGAGCUUCGGAAAAAAAUAUAUAAAUUGACUGUCAGUGGCUGUGUAUACAAUAAUGUAAAUGUGAAUGUAUUGUUAUUUAAUACUGUCUGUAAUGUGUUGUAAUGUUAAGCCAGACAGAGUGCUUACUGAGAAAUAAUGAAAAUUGGAAGAAAAAAAAGAAUAAGACAUUGCUCAAUUUUUUUUCUGAAUUUUAGUCCAACCACAGAGGGAAUCAUUUAAAUUUCAGUACAGCUGUGUCAUAUUUUUAUAUGUGAUAAGAGUUUUCAGGCCUGGUUUUUCUACGAAAUGGGAUGACGGCUGCUUAUUUCAGAUGUGACCAAUCAAACUGGGUUAACAUGUUAUUAUGUCUGUACCCAGAUGUACAUUUUUGUCCUUUGUACAGCAUUGAUAUGUUAACAUAAAAAUAUUGAGUCAUGUUUUUUUGCAUGGUAGAGUUACAUUUAUUAAUAACAGUUUUCUCUGUAUGCAGGUCUCCUCAAAUAUGAGUCCCGAAACAGCAUACAAACAACACAAUUGUGGCUUUCUUUCUAGAUUUUGUUUUUCUCAUCAAAGCAUUUUCCUUGAACUGUAAUAUUAAUGAUGUGACAUGUGAAUACUACAUCAAUUAAGACCAGUUGAACAAGGAAAGUCAACAACACCAUGAACACAACAAUAAAGGAAGUCACCGCC